AUGAGGGGUCAGGUCUGUAAAAUGACGGAUCAACGGUCUAAGGUCAUCCACGUUCGAAAUGUGGGACAUGAAAUUUCUGAGAAUGACUUGCUCCAGCUGUUCCAGCCGUUUGGAGUCAUUACUAAACUUGUGAUGCUGCGGGCCAAGAAUCAGGCACUUCUCCAAAUGCAAGAUAUUCCUACAGCAGCAAACGCUUUACAGUUCUACACUAAUGUUCAACCAAGUAUAAGGGGUAGAAAUGUUUAUGUUCAGUAUUCAUCACACCAAGAAUUAACAACAAUGGAUCAAAGCACUCAGGGUCGUGCGGACGAGCCUAACCGAAUUCUGUUAGUUACAAUACAUCACAUGCUAUACCCGAUAACUGUGGAAGUUCUGCAUCAAGUAUUUUGUCCCCAUGGAUAUGUAGAAAAGAUUGUCACCUUUCAGAAGUCCGCAGGCUUUCAAGCUUUGAUUCAGUAUCAACUGCAGCAAAGUGCUGUUUCUGCUAGGACUAAUCUUCAGGGGCGUAACAUUUAUGAUGGUUGCUGUCAGCUAGACAUUCAAUUUUCGAACCUAGAUGAGUUGCAAGUGAACUACAAUAAUGAACGGUCGAGGGAUUUCACAAACCCGUCAUUGCCUUCAGAGCAGAAAGGGAGAUCUUCCCAUCCUGGACCUGGAUAUGGAGAAGUUGGAGUUGGAUAUCCACAGAUGGCCAAUGCUGCUGCCAUUGCAGCUGCUUUUGGAGGUGGUUUGCCUCCAGGGAUCAGUGGGACAAAUGAUAGGUGCACCGUUCUGGCUUCCAACCUGAAUGCUGAUAAAAUAGAUGAGGACAAGUUGUUCAAUCUGUUCUCCAUUUAUGGUAAUAUUGUGAGAAUCAAACUUCUUCGCAACAAACGUGAUCAUGCCCUCAUUCAGAUGGGGGAUGGAUUCCAGGCUGAAUUGGCAGUGCACUUUUUAAAGGGAGCUAAGCUUUUUGGGAAGCGUUUGGAGGUUAACUUUUCUAAACAUCCAAAUAUUACAACAGGAGCUGAUACUCAUGAAUAUGCAAACUCAAACCUCAACCGUUUCAACCGUAAUGCUGCAAAGAAUUAUCGGUACUGUUGCUCCCCGACCAAGAUGAUUCACCUGUCUACCCUCCCACAGGACAUUACUGAAGAGGAAAUUCUGGCUCAUCUGGAGGAGCAUGGGAAGAUUGUGAACUCAAAACUCUUUGAAACAAAUGGAAAGAAACAGGCUCAUGUGCUGUUUGAGACUGAGGAGGAAGCCACUGAAGCCCUCGUGUGUAAACAUGCAACAACCCUUGGUGGUUCGAUUAUUCGGAUUUCGUUUUCACAGGUACAAACCAUCUGA